CAUUCGGCCAGUGCGCGCGCGCCUGCCCGCCGGUUUACGCGGGAAUCCAAACUGGCGUUCAGAAACAAACGCCAUCUUGGCUAUCGUAAUAUUUCAAUUGCAUUUAAUAGUACGCAUGUUUCCGGCAUAUUUUGAUGUUAUUAAAUAAUUUAAACAAAGUUCACGUGCAUUAAAGUUGUUAAACAAUUUCAAUUAAUAACAGGAUACAAAAUUAACCCAAAAAAUUAAAUAAGAUUUAUGCGUGAUUGAUGUUUUCAGAACGAACAAUAUUUUUUUUAUUCGACCAAUCCGAUGUGAUCGAGUGGUUUUAAAUUUUUUUUUUAAUGAAAAAUUAUAAUAACCGUGACAAACUGAAUUGUAAUUUUUUUAUAUUAAUUAUUUAAAUAAGCGAAAGUUAAUGUAGGUUAAUGAAUAUAAAUAGUGAGGGUUAUAUUCAAAUAAAAUAUUUUCUAAUUUGGAACUGGAAGUGGCAACACGUAUUCAAAUAAAAAAGAAAUACAAAGAAGUGCAAUGGCGGCGAUAUAUUUAAAAAAAUAACGAAAAAUUGUGAACGAAAAUGUUUGGUUUUAAAAACUCUCUGGCUCAAUCCGUGGUAAUACUUGCGUGGAUUUUGGAUAAUAACACAUUUGGAAGUGUUUUUGUGUACAAUAUUUUAGUGUUUACGCUAUGUGCAAGUGUUUUGUUGUCAGUGCUUAUGUAUGACUAUGACUAUUGGGAGAAUAGGGGUGUGUAUUCGCCCCCCGCCUUGCCGAUAGUCGGCCACAUUGGACCCGUGGUCGCCGGGAAGGAGCAAGGAGGCGUGUGUUUUCAAAGGCUUUAUAAUGCUUAUAAGGAAAAAAGGUUUUUUGGUAUCCACCAGUUCUACCGGCGCACGCUGGUGGUGUGCGAGCCCGAGCUGGUGCGGCGCAUGUGCGUCAACGACUUCGCGCACUUCACGGACAGAGGGUUCUUCUUCGACGAGAGCCUGGACCCGCUCGCGGCGUCCGUGCUGUACCUGCGGGGCAACGAGUGGAAGAGGCUGCGCGCGAAGAUAUCGCCGAUAUUCUCACCUAUCAAAUUAAAGGGAAUGCUGCCACUAAUAGAAAACACAGCGAAUGACUUCGUUUUACGGGUAAAGAAACUUGUUAACGAAAACAAUGAGCCAAAUACGCAGAUCCAUAAUAACCAGAAUGGAGAAUGUUGUACAGAGAUAUAUAAUCAAAAUAAAGAUGGAUAUGAAGAUAAUUAUAUAAAUAAACAAUUCACCAGUGAAUCACUUAAAGAAGAAUACAUAAACUUGAAAACAUCUCAAAAUAACAACAUCCAUGUACUUGAACAAAACGAAUCAAGUAAAAGAGAGUGUAAUAAUGAUAGAGUAGAAGAUUAUAACAAAGAAAAUUCACAUUAUUUAAAUAAUAAUAGAAAAACAGAGAGUUGUAAAGAUAAAUUAACGCUAGAAGAUAGUUUAAUAGAGAAUAAUAACAUAGAAUGUUAUAGAAUAGUGGAUUCAGAUACAUUGGUGGGAGGAUAUACUGCAGAUGCGAUAGUGCCGUGUGCGUUUGGAGUCAAAAGCCAUGUCAUGGAUAACGCAAACGAUCCAUUCGCAGUAGCGUUGGGUGCGUUCUAUGAGUUAACUUUUGCCAACAUUUUUGAGAAAACAAUGCGACACUUGUGGCCCGCUUUCGUGUUGUUCUUCAAGAUACGUAUCAUUCCCAAAAAGACACACGAAUUUUUCUACAACAUCGUCAGCAAUGUCAUCAAAGAGAGACAAAAUGGUGCUCAAGAGAAGCGCGGAGACUUCAUCGACAUGAUGAUGGCGCUGCAGAGCGAGGACACCACCAUCAUCGACAAGGAAAACGACUUUGUCAUCACGGACAUGAUAAUAGCAGCGAAUGCUUUCAUAAUAUUCCUCGGUGGGUACGAGACCACCUCCUCCACCCUGGCGUUCCUGCUGCUGGAGCUGGCGGCGCAUCCAGAGGUGCAGCAGAAGAUGAGGGAGGAGAUCGCAGAAGUGAUGCAGAAGCACGGAGGGAGAGUGACUUCGGAGGCGCUGCAGGAUUUGACGUAUAUGGAUAUGGUUAUACAAGAGACGCUGCGGCUGUACCCACCAUUCCCCAGCAUCCAGCGGAUGUGCACCCGCGACUACGCCGUCCCCGGCAGCGACGUGCUGCUCACGAGUGGGACUAUCGUGGUGUUCCCCACGCUGGGCUUGCAUCGGGACGAGAUGUACUUCGAGAACGCGUCUCUCUUCGUCCCCACCCGGUGGAGCUCUAGCGCUCCGCCCCCCGGCGUGUACGCGCCCUUCGGCCUCGGACCGCGCUAUUGUAUCGGUAAAAGGUUCGCAGUAAUACAAAUGAAGACGUGCCUGUUAAAGCUGCUACCACACCUCCGCAUCAGCCCCGCGACGAGCGAACCCCGCACGGGGCCCUUCCCCGUCGACCUGCGGACCCCCAUGACCUUGCACCCGGCGGAUUCUAGGGUCAGAAUCAGUUUGUUGUCAUAAUUCAUUGAUUCUCACCUUGGAAUGUAAC